AUAUCACUGAUCACUGGCCAUGUCUUUGCUGGAGUCACCUUCCCUUCAGCCAAUAUAUGCCUCUGCAAAGACCAGUUCUCUCUCAGCACAAAGCUAUGUAUUGUCCCUGACAUCGGUAGGAAAUCAAUACGCAGCCUCCGCAUCAGCGCCAUCAAAUACCAUCCACCUGUUUGACAAGUCCAGCCUGCAAGAAAUCCACACACUCCCAGGCCAUAGCACAGCUACUACUUACCUCAGAACGGCAAAAGCACUAGCCGGUUCGUAUCAUGAAACCCUGCUCUCGUCAGGCAAAGACGGUUGUGUCAAAGCAUGGGACCAUCGCUCUGGUUCAGCUAGCAUCAAAAUGUCCACAUCAGGGAGAUCGCGCGCCCUUCUCUCGUGCGAUGUUUCGUCCGAUGGCCUUACUGUCGCUGCAGGAACAGACUUGCAAGCAGAAGACGCGCUCAUACUGUACUGGGAUCCGCGUAAUCCGGUAGCACCGCUUCGUACUCACGGUUCGACCCAUUCCGACGAUAUCACAGCAGUUCACUUCGCGAAACAUGACAUCUCCCCUUUUCGCAACGUUUUGUUAUCCGCCUCAUCAGAUGGCCUCAUAAGCACAUCAGAUGCAGACGAGGAGGACGAGGACGAGGCUGUGUUAAGCAUCGGUAACUGGGGCUGCAGCAUAUCUCAAGCAGGGUGGAUCCAGUCUCCUUCAGAUAUCCGGGCUUGGGCUGCUAGUGACAUGGAAACAUUUAGUUGCUGGUCAAAUGAGCUCGAUCUGCUUCAGGAUCAGGAUAUUCGUGGCCCAUCGAUACACAAUAUAGAACGUACAUGGGUAACUGAUUAUCUCAUCACCUGCCUGAGCAGUCACCGUUCAAAUGGGCAGCUUGGUGUCUUCGUCGGAUCGAACGAGGGUGAUGUUGCUCUGAUUUCGAGUAAUGAUUUGUCGAACUCUUCGUCACCAUGGUCUCUCCACGGGUUAUGGACGGGUGGUCACGUCGGCGUAGUCAGAUCGCUCUUAUGGGACGAGCAAAACAGUGUCAUCGUGACAGGAGGAGAAGAUUCAAAAAUAAAUCUAUGGUCGUGUCCAUUUCUGGAAGACUUUGGUCUGGCAAGCGAAAUCAAACAAGAAGGCGACGUCGAUAUGGAGGUAGAGAUGGGCCUCGGCGCCCGUAGUCCCUCAUCCCGUAAACGGGAAUGGGACGUCCGAAUGAACGUGGACGACGAGCAGUUGGGCAAACGAGUGCGACGGUAGUGGAUACUUGGGGACAAAAAAAUGCCAGCUACUUAAAAGUUCAAUGCGUGAUCACAUGGCUGCUUGAGACAAUUCUUCGAAUAUG